AUGUUCCUUCCUCUUGAGGCUUUCCAUCUAUUCUUGGGUGCAGAUAUUAAUGCCUGAGUCAUAUCUUUCAGAAAAGUUAUGAGGGUGGUGAAAAACAACAGCAAAAAGCGGAGUUUUAUGAAAAUAAUUCUUACUAACAGGAACUAAAGUAGAAGUUCUUUCGCAUCUGGAAUGCCAACCCCUUGAUACUAAAUCAAAAAAUUAGAAAGAAAAAUGUUGCCGUGGUUACACCGACUCGCCCAUACCCUGACCUUUGUAUUCUUUGCCUACCUUGAGAAAAAGCUGUUUUACUAAGGUUGUAAUGUUUCCUUUGAUUCCUCAUAUUGAGGGAAGUUCUUGAUUUUGUUAAGUGCCAUUUGCAUAAUAGUUUAAACUGUUUACCUAUUUCUUCCUUCUUCAGGUACCCAACAUCAUGGCACCCAUAAUCCUCAGAAAGGAGGAGAUGGUGACAACAAGAAAGGUAAAUUAAUUUUAUUAGUGAUUGCGAUACUGAUCCUUUCCUCAAAGGCUCCUCAGUGAUUUGAGUAUCAGCACCUCUCUCUCGUUUCCUCUUCCCUCGUUUCAAGGCCACGUUCUUGGAAAAGAGUCUCGGGCAAAAGACUACACAGGGCCGGGUAUACUACUCUUGUGUUAGUAGUACAAUGUAUGUCCUGCCUGGAAAGAAAGUGGUUGUUCAGCGUUUUAAAUCUCUGUAUUAAAAAGAAUUGAAAUCCCAAAGGUUUGAAUCGGGAAAGAUAUGGAAAUGAUUUGUAGUGUAUGGUCUUUUUAUUUAUUCAUGUUUUAUUAUUAUUUUUUAAUUGAUGUUCACACAAGUACGAUUUUUCACAAAGGAUUAUGUAAAUCUCAUCACUAAGACUAAACGUAAAAAGCAAAAAGAAAGAAAAACAACAACCACGACAGUGAGUAAGAAAGUACAUUAUGUUUAAAAAAAGACUAGAAAGGUACAUAAAGUAAUGAUUGUGUCGGCUGUGAAUCAAAAGCUUAAGUUUGUUGUUCAGGGGAUCAAUCAAUACGUGGACACUUGAGUAAAGGGUUUUUCUUAUGCUUUCUUCAUUUAUCAGGUCGCCUUUCCACUGCAGCUAUCAUCGGUAUUUGUGCUGCUGCUGCUUUUGCUAUCCUGAUUGUUGUGGGAGUAGUAGUGUACUGGAAGAAAUACCAUCAUCGCUCUAGACUACGAGCCGCUUACUACAACGACAUAUCUAUGCACGACCCCCUGUACGAGGACUUUGGUCCAGAGGUUGCAUAA